AUGGCGAACUAUCACAAUGGCAAUCAAUCCUACGGCCAGCCGGGCCAGACUCCCCGUUAUGAUGCGUACCCCCCUCCGACCGCCCAGCCGCUCCGACGAGUUCCCAGUUUCGACGCGGGGGACGACCAGAAUCUCUUCGCUGCUCCUGCCGGCCACAACCCCCGAGCGACCGACGGAAACCAUCGAUUUUCGAGUCUGAGCGAGCGAACCUCGGCCUCCAACGCCGUGCGCGAUGACUACGCCGAUCCGCGAUACUCUCAGGUCUCUGCAACGUCGCCGCCUCGGGCCCGCGCCCAGUCUCAGUCCAGCUAUCAGUAUCAGUACACCUCGUCGUCUUUGGCCCCCAUGUCGCCCACGCAAUCAUACAAUCCGCAACAAUACGCUCUACCUACGCCCGCAUCUCAGCACACUGGAUACAGCCCACUCUCCUAUUCCUCUUCCACCUCGUACGGGAACAGCACGAACAGCGGUGCGUCGCCGACCCACCAACCAUACAAUCCAGCUGCGUACCAGGCGGCGAGCAUCGGCGGGCUUGGAUCUCCUACGAUACAGCGCCAAUCGAGCAUGAUUUUCGCGCAGACGCCGCUAUCGCCACAUCCAUACCAAUCCUCUCACACUUCGCUACCGCCCCCACCACCCCCUCGUGGACCUGACCAUCCCUACGGCGGCCGCCCCUCUCCGCAGUAUCCCAGUGCCUCGCCCGGGCCCCAGUACGGAUUUCCAACACAGUCGAGUCAAUCGUCUCUCAACGUUUCGUCGUACAAUCUGGCUUCGCCGACCACACCGAGUACUGCAUUUGCGUCUGGGAGCGGUUCAUUAUCCAGCGCAACGUCCUAUACCUCGCGCACCUACUCUGGAGGAGUCCCUAUUCCCGCUUAUACCACGCAUCCUUCCCGUCUUGCCGAUCCGAGUCGGACACCGUCAGUGGAUGAGGAGCCGCCCGAGCCUCCAGCGCACUAUUCAGGCGACAACUACGACAAGCCGAUGCAUGGCCCGGGACGCGCCCUCCCUACACCUCCCAUCCAUCAAGCACAGCCCUCGACAUCGCCGCGACGAACCGAUACAUUGACUCGGCAUCCGCAGGCACGCCCUCUUCCAGGUCCUCCAGUCGAGACUGAUGAUCGCCGAGGUUCGGGAUAUCUGAACGGUGCAGGUGCGCAUCAAGCCGCUGACCAAUCUGGGUAUGACGAGCUGGUCAAUCAGAUUGAAGCGGCUUUCCCAGAAACUCAAUGGACCGGCAACUACCAGUCCAACCAGAGGCCACUGCACAUUGACAUUGAUCCAUUAGAUUCAGACAGAAGGGGGUCGAGUGAACCUCAGUCUGCUACGCCAGCGCCGCUCCAUAUUUCCCCGGACGAGAGGCAUACGCAUACAAACGGAAGUAUAGCUACGGGAACCGGGCAUUAUGUCAACUACGGCGCAUACGAGGAUGACAGUGACGCCGAAGCCGAAGCGGGGAUAGCUAUGAUGGCGAUGGCGGAGGAGGAGGACCGCGCCCAGGCCGACCGCAUGCAGGAGCGAUCACGCCGCGAAACCAAUGCCUCGACGACGAGUGGACUUUCCAAACGGCCUUCGGUGACAGCACCUUCUCCAGCGCAGAAUACCCGUGCAGAUUGGUACCCUCCGUACGGCAGCACCAGUCAGCUCGGCCAGUCUCCAUACGAAGAGGGAGCUCCGCACACAAGUCCUUAUGACGAAGAGCCUGAGCACGACAACCGCCAGGUGGCCACUUCGGGCUCCCGACACAGCUCCAAUGCAUCCCGCGAAGAACAUACCGAGUACUCCGACGAGUAUGACUACCCCCCGAUCAACGACGACUAUGUGCACCCAUUCCCCGAAUUUCCCUCGAGUGCGCGGGUGGACGCUGGCGGGACGGGUGGAUUGUCGGAGCCCAGCACAUAUAACCGGCGGAUGAGCUUUGAUUACGACGAUGAGACGGACGGCUCACUGUCGCACCGGAGGCAGUCACACCAGUCCGGAAGCGAGGGCUCAAUCGGGGGAGAGGAUGAAUUGACCGAUCUCUUCUUCCACCCAGGAAUGCGCCCACUGCCAGCACCACCGGAGGAGCCUGCGAAGAACGCGACCUUGAGGCCGCAUUUGAUGCCAGCCGGUACAUACCGGCAGUCGGAUCCUGGGGAGCAGUAUACAAACUCGUACUUCUCAGUUCCGUCUCCAGACUCGUACGCAGCGACCGUGCCCAGCCCCACUCAAUUCUCGCGGUCCACAUCUUUGACGAGCCAGCCCAUUGGACCUCGUGCUGACCCCCCUAUCAGGUCGAAGACCGAUGCAGACAGGGCCAAGUACAAGCAGCAGCAGGAGAUGUUACGCCAAGGUUCGCUCAAGCUCGAUUCCGGAAUGGAUCCUGCGGCGGCUGCUAUCGCCCUUGACCUGCCUGCGAUCCCCGCCGGUCGCCGCAAGAAGUUCCACCCGAACAAGCUGUCAUCCGAGGACUUUCGCCGCUGCGCGGAGCCUUGGGCUCUUAGUGCUGUCCUGGCCUGGGUUCGGAAUCUGGCUGAAGAUGAGACUGACCUCAAGGAACAUGCGAUUGUUGAUGCCAUUGUCGCUUUGUUUACGCACAAGGUACCUACGAUGAAUACCGCCGAUGCUGAGACCCUUGCGGCAGGUGUCGUACAGGACAUGCUUAACCAGGGGGCGCUGGUGAACGAUGAAGAAUGGGUCAAGUUUGGCAGCGGCGAGCUAUCCGGUGUCCUGUUCCAAAUCACCGGCACAGGAUGCUACUCCCCUCUUUUGCACGAGCAGGAAUCCGAAACGGAGGUCGUCGGACGCUGUUACUCGCACCACUGCAUGCGAACGCUCAAAAAGGUCAACCUACGGGCUCAAGGGCCGCAGAAGAAGGUCGAAGACUGGGUUACAUUCUAUAAAGUGCCCAAGGAAGUAUGGGAGGCGCAUCCAAGGAAGGAGAUUGAGCGACAGAACAACCUGCACGAGAUUGUGACAACCGAGGACUCCUUCAUUGGCCAACUCGAUGUCCUGCGCGAGCUGUAUCGUGAUCGAUUGGCCACGUCGAACCCACCCAUCAUUCCCCCGAAACACAUCAACCAGUUCUUGACCGAAGUCUUUGGCAAAGUGGACGCGGUAAAGAAGGUCAACGAAGACUACCUCUUGGCACAGCUCAAAUAUCGACAGAACGUGCAAGGUCCGUUUAUCGUUGGAUUUAGUGACAUCUUUCGCGAAUGGAUCCGCAAAGCCAAGUCCAUCUAUAUUAGCUACGCCGCCACAUUUCCACGCGCAAACUACCUUGUACGCAAAGAAGCCGAGAGGAAUCUUAUAUUCCGCCAAUUCCUCAGCGAUGCCAGGGAUAACAAACUCUCAAAUCGUCUCAAUUGGGAUACAUUCCUCAAGGCGCCCAUCACGCGAAUUCAGCGCAUUGCUCUGCUGCUGACGACUGUGCACCACAACAUGCCCAAAGAUUCCGAGGAGAAGACAAACCUUGCUCAGGCCAUUGAAGAAAUCAAGUUGGUUGCAUUGGAAUGUGACAACAAAGUCGGAGAGAUGACCAAAAAGGUCGACUUGAUAGAGCUUUCCUCCAAGCUCAAGCUUCGCUCGGACAUGAGAAAGGAUGUGGAGCUUAACCUCGACCAUCUAGGACGAGAGAUUGUUUUCCGGGGCGAUUUGCAGCGCCCAGGAACGCGCACGAGAUUUUUGGUCGACACGCACGCGAUUCUGUUUGAUCAUUAUCUUGUCCUUGCCAAGCAUUCCACCAUGCGCGAUGCUGCCCGAACGGUGAAAUUCGAAAACUAUGAUGUGUCGAAGCUGCCGAUUCCGAUGGACCUGCUUGUCUUGGAAAGUACUCACGAGGAUCCUGUCGUCAAGUCAGCCGUCAGAGGAGUAGUCUCGGCUGCGGGAGCUCAGCCUGCCGCCCGUGCGGGGGCGGGUAUAGUCCACACGAAUACUGAUGCGUCUGGUAAAACGCUGGUUCCGGCUACGGUUCUCGAGAAUCCCAAGGACGACAAGGUCCUAUAUCCCUUCAAAAUCAAGCAUCUUGGCCGGGACGGAACGUACACCUUGUAUGCGAGCUCGCCGCAGAACAGAAAGGAAUGGUGUGACAAGAUUACGGAAGCCAAGACGAAACACGCGGCUGCGCUUUACACGCAGAACUCGGAACCAUUCCGUCUCCGUGUUCUGGCAGACACUGCAUUUAGCAGUUCUGAUAGUUCUCCGCCCGCUAACAGUGUGAUUAUCAAGGGCACGCCACUUGAUCGCGCGGUUCGUGAGGUGGAGAAGAAGUACCCUCCCGCCUCUCGCCCGUCGCCGAUCUGUAGGGCAGCUGUUCAUUGCGCUACUGUGUUUGAGCAGCCUCCUGGGCGUAAGAUGUGUGCGAUUGGAACUGAUUAUGGUGUUUACAUAUCGGAGUACAAUGACCCCCGAGGCUGGACCAGAGCUAUUCCCAUGGUUCGAGUAACACAAAUUUCCGUCUUCGAGGAGUUCAACGUCUUCCUUCUCAUCGCUGACAAGUCGUUGAUUGCGUACCACCUUGACGUUGUCUGCCCGGCCAGCGGCGGCGCCGUGGCUACGCAGACAAGCAACGACUCGGCGCGGCGAGCACCCCAGAAACUCUCCGGAAAUAGAGAAGUCGGUUUCUUUGCGGCGGGACAGAUGAAGGAUCGUACUCUGGUGAUGUACAAAAAGCGGGACGGCUUGUCGUCGACGUUCAAGAUCCUGGAGCCCGUUCUUCAAAAGUCCGCGACGAGUCGUAGCCGGUUUUUCAGCUCGCGUCGCGGACAAACCGAGUUCUUCCGCGAAUACGACGAGUUUUACAUUCCGGCUGAAAGCUACGGCAUCAACCUGUUCCAUUCCUCCCUCGCCAUCUCGACCCAGAAAGGAAUCGAGAUUCUCACACUCGACAAGAAGCAGACCUGGUCUGUUCCUGAGUUCCGCACCGACGCACCCGAAGCGCAGGCACAUCUCAGCAAAAUCGCGCAACGAAUCCUCGGUCUCCGGCCGUUGGGCAUGUUCCGUCUUAGCGAUGCGGAAUUCCUUGUCACCUAUACCGAGUGUGCCGUCUAUGUCAACCAACACGGAGACGUGUCUCGCAGUGUGGUCAUGGAGUUUGUCGGCCGCGCACACUCGGCUUGCCUGUACGGUAAAUUCCUGGUUCUCUUCAACGACGACUUUGUCGAAGUGCGCAACGCCAUGAACGGGCGGCUUCGACAGGUUAUUCCCGGCCACAAUGUCGUCUGUCUCGACGACGGCAGUAGGUUCCCCGGCUCCGGCGUGAACAGCAUCCCCACGAGCUCUGGUGGUACCGUCAACCUCUCUAGCGGCACAUCCAACGGGGCCUCUUUAGCCAUCCAAGGCCGUACAGUCAAGAUCUGCAUGCAGCAUCCCGACUACCCCCGAAACCUCAUUGUCCUCGAACUCCUCGAAAACGAAGGACAGAAGGACUAA